UGGGCGAAUAAAACAGUAUUGUAAAAAAAAUCUCUCCCCUAAUUAUAUUCUAAUUCCUUGUCCCACCGCUACUACAAUCUCGACUUGCCAUCUUCCUCCACAAUCCCCACUCGCACACCCCCACCAAAUCUCCCUUUUCUUUCUACUUCUGGAUUUCUCUGUCAAUUCAAGAAUUAUAGGGCUUGGUUUUCGUUAGAUCUGUCAAUUUAAUUGCCCAAUUUUGAGUUUUUUCGUUUAAUUUUUUAAUUUUAUUUUCUGGGAUCCGUUGCUUUCGUGUUUGUUGAAUUCAUUAGGGUCUCAUUAUUUUGAGUGUGAUCUGGGUUUCAAUUUGUUGAAAUUCUGGGAAAAUAAAUUAUUUCUGAGGCCGAAAGUUAGGGUUUUAUGCAAAGUCAAUUAUUAUGUUUUGGGGUUGGAUUAUGUUUUUUUGUUUGAUUAAGAGUUAGGUUAGGGUUUUGUUUGAAGAUAUAGCGUUGAGGAGAGAUGGUGGGAUCGGAUGGCUUGAAUGUUUCGCCUUCCCCGUCGCAGCAGAUGGAAAAGCAGUUGCCGAAUCAGUGGGGAGUGACGAAACCUUUGUCGCGAGCGGGACCCUUGGAGUUGGAUAUUCAGAGAAGCAAGGAGUUGGAGAAGUUUUUGGUGGAUGCGGGACUAUAUGAAAGUGCAGAAGAAGCUGCAAAGAGAGAAGAGGUUCUGUGUCGACUAAAACAGAUUGUAAAAGACUGGGUGAAAGAACUUACGCGCGUGAGGGGGUACACCGAUCAAAUGGUGGAAGAUGCUAAUGCUGUUAUCUAUACUUUUGGUUCAUACCGACUUGGGGUACAUGGCCCUGGAGCUGACAUAGACACCUUGUGUGUUGGGCCAUCUUAUGUGAAUCGGGAGGAAGAUUUCUUCUAUGUACUCCACAAUAUUUUAGCCGAAAUGGAAGAGGUUACAGAACUCCAACCAGUACCUGAUGCUCAUGUUCCUGUUAUGAAAUUUAAAUUUGAUGGAAUAUCAAUAGAUCUUCUUUAUGCAAGCAUUUCUCUUUUGGUCGUCCCUGAUGAUUUGGAUAUCUCCAAUAUGUCUGUUUUACAUGAAAUUGAUGAGCCAACUGUGCGGAGUCUUAAUGGCUGUCGGGUUGCAGACCAAAUUCUUAAGCUUGUUCCAAAUAUUGAGCAUUUCUGUACAACUCUGCGAUGUCUAAAGUUUUGGGCUAAGAGACGUGGUGUUUAUUCAAAUGUGACCGGAUUUCUUGGUGGUGUCAAUUGGGCCCUUCUUGUUGCUCGGGUUUGCCAAUUUUAUCCCAAUGCAAAUCCCAGUAUGCUAGUGUCUCGCUUUUUCAGAGUUUAUACACUAUGGCGUUGGCCAAAUCCUGUGAUGCUUUGUGAAAUAGAAGAUGAUGAACUUGGAUUUUCUGUAUGGGAUCCACGUAAAAACCCUUGGGACCGCAGUCACCAAAUGCCGAUUAUAACACCUGCGUACCCAUGCAUGAAUUCUAGCUACAAUGUUUCAACAAGUACUCUCCGUGUUAUGAUGGAGCAAUUCCAAUUUGGUAAUAAGAUUUGCGAGGAUAUUGAGCUGAACAAAGCUGAAUGGAAAGCAUUGUUUGAGCCUUACCUGUUUUUUGAAAGCUACAAGAACUAUCUGCAAGUUGAUAUCAUUGCUGCUGAUUCUGAUGACCUGCGUGCUUGGAAAGGCUGGGUUGAAUCUCGUUUGAGGCAGCUGACUUUGAUGAUAGAGCGGGAUACCUAUGGGAAAUUACAGUGCCACCCUUAUCCUCAUGAUUACGUUGAUCAUUCGAAGCAGUGUGCUCAUUGUGCCUUUUUCAUGGGCUUGCAACGGAAACAAGGAGAAGUUAUUCAGGAAGGUCAGCAAUUUGAUAUUCGCCAGACUGUUGACGAAUUCAGGCACCAAAUAAAUAUGUACAUGUACUGGAAACCUGGAAUGGAAAUAUACGUUUCUCAUGUUCGUAGGAAGCAGAUCCCAGCCUAUGUGUUUCCUGAGGGUUAUAAACGAUGCCGACAUCCUAGGCCCAUGAGCCAACAGCAGCUUGACAAGGCAUCUAGUGAGGAUGGUGAGGCUUGCAGGACUGGAUCUGCCGAGAGACGCCUUAAAAGGAAAAAGGAGCUCGAAGAGAUGGAGAUGAAGCGCGAGAGUCUGGAAAAAAGACAAUCUAUUAGCCCUCAGAUGCGAGAUUCAGCCUCCCCCGACCUUCUUUGUUUAAGAAGUGCUAAUGCAUUGAAAGGGUAUUCCCUGAUUGAAUCUGAGACUAUUAAAGAAGGGCCUGAAUCAUGUCAGCCUAUUGGUGGAAUCAGUCCACAAGUCAUCCCAUGCUCUGGAUCUAGUGGGGGCAAGAUGCAACAUCAUGAGCAGGAUGCGGAGGUCAAUACAAAUAUCACCAUAUCAAACGAGGGAAUGCACAAUGCAGAAACUUUCGAUGCUGGGUGCCUUCCUAAUGUGAAUAAUGGUGGCAACCCAGAAAUCAACGAUCAAGGGUUCUUACAGGGUGAUAUACGUGAGGCUAAGUCAAAGCUCCUUUUGGAUGGUGGGCGCGAAAAUGUUGCUGGUGUUUUUGAAGACGGAUUAAGGGAGGAGUUAGAGGCUAAUGGGCAGCAUGGGAUGGUGCUGAACUCUGGAGAUGUAGUCGGUUCAGAACCUGUUCAGAAGACGGUGAUGAGGCAUGUUGAUAGAAAUUCGAAACUUUUGUAUAUUUUAUUAAUGUCGGCAUACUAUUUUUGUCUUUAUGCUGCUUUCUCUUGUUCUUUUUGCUGUUUCUAUAGCAGGCUGGGUCUUACAUCAAGUGCCUGAAGAUUACAGGUCAAUCCAUGAAACUGUGAAAUAAAUGCUGAGUUAAAUGAGACAGAAAGCCAGCAACUCGGGUAAGUAAUAUGUUCAUUGCUGGCUUUCAUUUUUUUUCUGAUUUUUCCAGGCAGAGGUCUGGAUUUUCAAUCUUCGAAGACAGGAAAUUAAAGAUCAAUAAUCUGAAGAGCUCCCAUGGUUGCUUGAAUGCCUUGUAUAUAGUCUAUAGCUUUCUCUAGGCAUGCUGUGGUGCCAAAGUUGUUCAGCUUUUAUGCUCCUAAAAGAGACUGGGGACUGUAUUACAUUAUUUAGGUUUGGUGGGUGUUGUGGGAGUAUUUUAAACUGAUGGGAUGGAAUUCUGUUUGUGAAGACAUAGUGGAUAAAGAUGUUUUGGGGUGUAAGUGUUCGUUGGUUUAACGAGAGGUUUUAACUUGGGUUUCUUGUACUUUACCUAGACUUAAAAACUUUGUACAUUGCUAGCCUGUAAUGACAUUUCGUCCCUCUUUGUGCAUGCGCUCAAUGCAAUGAAUGGUCGAACUCUGUGUGGGCAGAUUCUAACAAUUGUUAUAUGUUACGGCUCAUGUUUUCUUUGGA